AUGAGGUUAGAAAAGUGCUAUUUCUGCUCAAGUACCGUGUAUCCAGGUCAUGGAAUACAGUUUGUGAGAAAUGAUGCUAAAAUAUUUCGAUUCUGUCGAUCAAAAUGUCAUAAAAACUUCAAGAUGAAACGAAACCCACGUAAAGUGGCAUGGACUAAGGCAUUCAGGAGAGCUCAUGGCAAAGAAAUGACUAUUGACCCAACACUCGAAUUCGAAAAACGACGCAACGUACCCGUCAAAUACGAUCGCGAACUAGUAGCUUCCACCGUCAAGGCCAUGAAACGAGUCGCUGAAAUCAAGGCCCGUCGUGAACGUGUAUUCUACAAAAACCGUAUGGUCAAGGCCGGAAAAAAGGAACACGAACGAUCAGACAUGCUCAAAGAUAUCUCGACACAUAUCGAUUUGGUGGUGGCUCCUGGUGUCAGGGAACGUGUCAAGGAAAAGAUUGCCGACGAAAAGAAAAAGGCGUCAACGACAAAGAUGGAGGUCGACGAGUAA